UAUAAAUAAACAAAAAACUGAACUCAAAAUACAGCUCACAAGAAACCCAUCUACACCAAUAACUCAUUACCAUGAAUAGAUAGAAACUGUGCGUCUUUAAAUCCCCUUUACAUUUCAAGAAAAAAAAAGUUUACUUUUUUUUUUUUAUCAUCAAUGGGGGAACCCAAGAAGUAUAUUACUUCAGAUGAACUCAAAACUCAUAACCAAUCAGGCGAUUUGUGGAUCUGCAUUCAGGGUAAAGUGUAUGAUGUGUCAGAGUGGAUGAAAACUCACCCAGGUGGUGAUCUACCAUUGCUGAAUCUUGCUGGUCAAGAUGUCACAGAUGCUUACAUUGCACUUCAUCCACCCACUGCUUGGACCCAUCUUGAUAAGUUCUUUAAUGGGUAUUAUCUUAAAGAUUAUACAGUUUCUGAUGUGUCAAAAGACUAUAGAAAGUUGUACUCCGAGUUUAAGAAAAUGGGUUUGUUUGAAAAGAAAGGACAUGGGGUUUUGAUAUCCUUGAUCUUUAUUGCAAUGCUGUUUGCUGUUUGUGUUUAUGGUGUGUUGUGUAGCGAAAGUUGUUUGGUUCAUUUGGUUUGUGGUGGGUUGAUGGGGUUUCUUUGGAUUCAAAGUGGGUGGCUUGGGCAUGAUUCUGGUCAUUAUCAGAUCAUGAUUGACCGGAAGUUUAAUCGGUAUGCGCAGAUCUUGACCGGUAACUGUCUUGCUGGAAUUAGUAUUGGGUGGUGGAAGAGGAACCAUACUGCUCAUCAUAUUGCUGUCAACAGUCUUGAGUAUGACCCUGAUCUUCAACACAUGCCAGUGUUUGUGGUGUCUUCGAAGUUUUUCGAUUCUUUGACAUCAAAGUACUAUGAAAGAAAAUUGAAUUUUGAUUGGGUGACUAGGUUGUUAGUUAGUUACCAGCAUUACACAUAUUAUCCGGUUAUGUGUGUAGCGCGACUCAAUCUGUUCGCGCAAUCUUUUGUGUUGCUUUUGUCGAAUAAACGUGUGGCGAAUAGGGGUCAGGAGCUUUUGGGGCUUUUAGUGUUUUGGAUAUGGUACCCUUUGUUGGUUUCUUGCUUGCCUAAUUGGGGCGAGCGCGUUAUGUUUGUGUUGGCGAGCUUUUCGGUCACUGGGAUUCAACAUGUUCAGUUCACUUUGAACCAUUUUUCGUCUAGCGUUUAUGUUGGUGAACCACGUGGAAACGAUUGGUUCGAGAAGCAAACCAAUGGGACACUUAACAUCACUUGUUCUGAAUUCAUGGAUUGGUUUCAUGGUGGGUUGCAGUUUCAAAUUGAACAUCAUCUUUUUCCAAGGUUGCCUAGAUGUCAUCUUAGGAAGAUUUCUCCAUUUGUAAAGGAGUUGUGUAAGAAACAUGGGUUGCCAUAUGAUUCUGCCUCUUUCUACAAGGCGAAUGAGAUGACGAUUGCAACCCUGCGCACCGCGGCUCUACAGGCUCGUGACUUGACGAAACCUGUCCCGAAGAAUCUGGUCUGGGAAGCCAUGAACUCUCCUGGCUAACGCUAAGAUAAUGAGGGCUGUGGGGUUGGCCAUUAUUUAUGUUUAUGCAAAGUAAUCUUGUUUUGCUUAAUUUGUUGUAUGUUCAAUAAUUUGCUUUCAAAUUUAAUUACUCAAAAUUGUAUUGAAAGUGAUAUUUUGAUAAUUAAAGAUUAUAAUAUUAGGUGAUAUGA